UUGAUAUAUUAAGGUUUUCGAUAUACAAAUGUAUUGUUCUGAUACAUAUCUGAAAGUUGUCUAAUGUGAGAACAAUAUAAGGUGUCUGCUGCACGGUCGAUUCACCCUCCAUGAUCAGUGAAUGUAGUAUAAGCCAAAGAAUGCAAUACAACCUUAUCUGAGGCGAUAUCGAGUCUUAUCUACCUGUUUAUUUUAGACAUAGUAGACCUCAUGUACCUGAACAGUGCAUGCUUAUGUUGAUUUAGACUGAAAGGACAUUAGCAGGUUAUUAAUGGCUAGAGAUAGAUCAGAUUCCUGGUGUAAAAGUGUGGGGGCUCAAGAACAUUUUAUAUCAAGGCGAAAUAGUAAUCAUGGAUAAUCAUAUUUAGCAUGGAAACUUUAACAUUGCAUUAAUUGUUGAUGAAAAAUGGGCAAAAAUAAUAUAUCUGUUGUGUCUGUUAAAUAUUUUGUUGGGAAUGAAAAAGUGGAGGAUAUUGAUCUGCAGGAAAUUAGCACAUCAACUAGCAUACCGAGUACGUUCAUCGAAAACCCCAGUGUACGUCGGAGUCGAUGGCGGUCCAUCCGGGUCAUGUACCUCACCAUGUUCCUUAGUAGUGUUUCCUUCUCAAUCUGCAUGUCCUCAAUAUGGCCGUACCUGAAACUGCUGGACUCCAGUGCCACAACAAACCUGCUGGGAUGGGUAGUAGCCUCCUAUAGCCUCGGGCAGCUGAUCGCCUCCCCGGCUUUUGGAAAAAUGGCGAACUGUCUAGGCAGAAGCAGAGAACCCUUGGUUGUGUCCCUCAUAAUAAAUGUUCUUGCCAACAUCUUAUAUGCAUACCUGGAAGAUAUAAAGGAUCACAGAGUGGUGUUAUUAAUUACUGCCAGAGCAUUAAUUGGAUUUGGAGCAGGGAAUGUGGCGGUGGUUCGAUCCUACCUCUCCGGAGCCACUACUGUCAGCGAGAGGACUCCAACCAUGGCAAACCUCAGUGCCUUCCAGGCUGUAGGGUUCAUUGUGGGGCCAGGAAUCCAGACAGCUAUGGUCCCCAUUGGGUACCCUGGACCAGUCCAUGUAACUGGGAUGCGAAUCAAUCUGUACACAGCCCCGGCCUUUCUGAGUGCCCUGGUGGGCAUCAUCAAUCUCAUUCUACUGUUUGCAGUAUUCAGGGAGCAUCGAGUUGUCGAUGAAGAGUACAACUACAGUAUUCAAGAUUCCCCAGGUGAAGAAGAAAUCCCGGAUUACACUCCAGACAAGUUCGGUGUUCUCUCAUGUAAUGUCAUCUUUUUCGUGGUGCUCUUCAUUUUUGCCGUCUUUGAAACAAUAGGGACCCCCCUGACUAUGGACAUGUAUGCCUGGACAAGGGCUCACGCCACGCUGUAUGUUGGAGUGAUUUUAGCAGUGGGGGGCGUGGUAGCCAUAUUAGUGUUCAUUGUCAUCAAAAUUCUUUCGAAAAGUGUAAAUGAGCGGUUUUUGUUGAUUGGAGGACUCGUGUGCUGCCUAUUGGGCUUUGUUGUAUACUUGCCAUGGGGACAUACCUAUCCUUCCUUCCAAAUGUCUCAAAUUGGCCCAGCAGACCCAUAUAUUCCUGUGUCAACUGUACUCCCGUCCAACCAGACUUACGCCUCACACACGGAACUGUUCACCACUACAGCAGCCAGUAACAGCUCAGGUGGCGACGCGGAGGCCACUGGAUGUCCUGAAGCCUACCGGUGGUGCUCCUAUACUCCUAUUGUAACGCUGGCCCAGUUUCUCUGUGGAACUACCCUCAUAUGCAUAGGAUAUCCGACAGGAAAUGUCAUGUCAUACACUUUAUAUUCUAAAAUCCUGGGUCCAAAGCCACAGGGUACAAUGAUGGGAAUUCUCACCGGAUCGGGAAGUUUAGCUCGAGCAGUUGGACCAAUAUUUGUCAGUUCUGUUUAUCAUUUGUACGGACCACGAGUGACGUUUUUGUCGAUGUGUGGGAUGAUUAUUGUGACGCUUUGCUGGAUUGCAGUUGUAUUCAAGCGCCUUGUGCCUUUCAAAUUUGUUGAAAAUAAUGUGAAUCCACCUUAAAAAUUGUCAACAAAACUGAAAGCUUCAUUUACAAAUUAUCGAAAUUACAUGUAUGAGUGAUUUUAUGACAAUGUAUAUAUUACAAUAUUUUUUAUUAGAUGCAUGGUUAAAUAACCACUGAUCCAAGAAAUGUGAUGCAUUAUGAACUACUGUGUAUGUCAAUCUUUAUUCCUCAUGACAGAUUCAUUCAAUAUGGCCAGUCAUUCACAGUGUGUAUGUGUGUGUUUAUGUACGUUGUAUGUGUGUAAAACUUAUACGGUACCAAUUUUGAUGCACCAGAUGCGCAUUUCGAGUGUGUAUAAUUAUGUGUGUCUGUGUGUGCAUGUAACACUCUACAGUCCACAUUUUUUGAUCCAUUGAUUCCAUACUUCACAUGUAGCUUUGUAAUCAAGAGAGGAAGAACCCUAUUGUCUAAUGAUUUUAGGGUCAAAAGGUCACUACAGGACUUUAUAGAAAAAGCUUGUAGUCAUGCACUCAUUGUGAGGGGAUAUGCACCGCCUUGCAGAGCUAUUGUUGUAGAAAAUAAGGCAUGGUAGUCAUACUACAUGCUAUUAUCCCGGAUAUUUCUUAUUUUGUGCAACAUGAUUAAGAUACUCAUUUUAUAGUUUUAGCACUGUAUGUGGAGCAAUUUAUAUAUAUGCCUAAGUGUGUAUGGAAAAUUUUUCUUACUUUUUGAAUAGCCAUUAAUGAAGAUUAACAGUAUGGACUUUAACAAUUAAUACUCAAUGAAGCUGCAUAAAAUUGAAGUGUUUGCAAGUCUUAAGAGACGUCAUCAAUGCUUUAAUAUUAACUUGAGAAGUUUGUACGUGUUUUUGAGUAUAUUAUUUACAGACAAUUUCAUACCUAAUUUUACAAUGUAAUCACAAGUAAAUAUGUAUAAUUUAUAUAUAAUGAUUGUUAGAAACUAUAUACUUAUACCACUGAUACAUUUUUAGGAUCUACCUCUUUGAAGUUCAUUAUGGCAGAGUAUGGGUAAACGAAUCGACAUGGUGUGGUGCUAAAAGUUUAAAUUUGAGAAUAAGGGGAAGGUAACUCUUCUCUGGAGAAAUGCAUAUUAUUUUCUCCAGCUAUUAACACCUAGCUCAAACAGAUCUUCAGAUUAAUUUUUUAUGACAUUUUAAUUAAUGAGAAAGUGUGAAAUUAACACUUAAAAUAUUGCCUUAAAUAUUGAAAAAAUCAAAACUACUCAUUGAACUUAGAUGAAAACUGCUUUAGAAAUGAUUUUCCAAAAAUCGAUGUGCAUUACAGAAAUAUGCACAUAGUGUAAUGGUAAUAGAGCAACUUUCACUUUCGUUUUGAUUGUAAAGCUAAGCUAGUGUUGUGAUUUGCUGUAAAAUACAAAAUGUACUACAUGUACAACACAUCUCCACAGAAAAGCUGCUCUUCUGAUUGAAUGCACAUAUCCUAAUCACUCAAUGAUUCAUUCUAUCAUUUGCUGUUUUAUAUCCAAUACAGAUAAUACUCAAUCAGAUGUAUUCAUAUGCUGGAUUAUUUCAUAUCAACUGUGAUAUAUUAUAAUAUAUUGAUAUAGUGUUAUAUUAGUAGUUUACAAAUGAAAAAUGUAGAAAUAAAAUUGUUGAUUAUA